ACAGAUUUCCUGCCCUACUUUCGGUUCUCCCCGAGCAAGCCACAUCCGCUUCACACGUACGAAUGCCUUACGGCACGGAAGGCCUACUCGUUAAGCGCCGUUGUGAGAUGGAGGACAUGCUCUGCCUACACGAUGGAUCAACUAAGACGGUGGCGUGGAGCUGGGGGAGUUGGUUUGAUAUAUAACUCCUUACUAGACUUUUAGUAUGAAAGUAUCCCAUAACGAAGAUUCUCCAUGUCAGCAGAGCAAUUCUCACAGCUCUCUCUCGGAGAGGACAUGGUUACCACUCGUGCCGGGGCCGCAAGGGCCGCAAGAGCUAGCACACAAUCAUCAGGGCAUUCUGAGGAAGAUCAGCCGAUACCAUCCGUCGAGUCCACCGUUUCCCCUACGCCUUCCCUGGUUAUAUCAACGAAGAACCUUCAUUACAAUGUCUCGGCCUUCGACACCGACUUACGAAGGCGGGCCAAAAGAGGAUUAGAAGGUAGCGAUAUCAGGCUCAAGUACUGCGCGGUCUCGGAAGAUGAUUACAGCCCCAAUGGCAGCCCAAAGAAGUUCUUCCAUCUUGACGACGACAUCAUUGUGGCGAUGGGUGGGAAGUUACGAAGACCUGAGUGUACGUGUGGCGCAAACGAAAAGGGUCUCGCGUGCAAGCAUAUCUAUUGGGUCGGAGACCAGAUCAUCUCAACUUCUCCAAACGAUAUGGUUAAGACACCUCUUCACCUUUCUCCCGAUGGCUCGAAGAUCGAAGACGUCAAGCCUGCCGAACUACUGGACACCAAAGGCUUAGCCAAUAUCGCCAACGACCUGAAGUGGGUUUAUCGAGAUGACAAUUUGCCUGAAGACGACGAUUUGAAGGAGACAGUCAUUGACAUGUUUUCGUGCUACGAGCCACAAGAUGCGCUUCCUGGAGAGUUUCGAUAUCCCGAGUCGCCUCUUACUUCCGAACGGUCCAAGAAGUACCAGGAGUUGACAGAACUCUUCACGCAGUACGCAAACUGGUAUCCUAGCCUAUAUCUCCAAAUGCGCAAGAUCAUCGACCCGGACUUCGAAAGCCGUGUCUUCUUCGAGAAGAUCGACAAGCGCAUUACUUCGACCUUCGACGCUUUGGAUGAGUACAUAGCCAAGGGACCAUAUAACCUCUCUCAAGGUCCCCCUCGGUUCGACGUCUCCAGUUGUGCACAGAAGUUGACAUCACUAGUCAAAGCCAUUGAUGACUUCUAUCAACGCCAUGCCGACGUCGAGGACGCAGCUGUCCGAGCAGCGGCGGCUCUUGUUACGAUUCUCGACCGUGUUACGGACCGCGAUAAGAAUGCAUACGAAGGCGUCAAGUGGAGUGUCAUGGAGGCCCUAUCAGACCCUGUUCAAAGCAAUCUAUACGUUGCAUUGAUUGGAGCAGCAUCAGAUGACGACCCGCCAUUUGUCCUCGAUGCACUCGGGUUGUUGCCCCAGGAAGACGUAUACCAUAAUCAUUGGGCAAUGCUACAAGACAUCGAACGCAAGCUAACAGAUUCUCAUGCGCCCACUCAUUACAUGGCUCUCUUCCGCAACGUCGUCUACGAGAAUCGCAAGAGAUCGGGUUCGGAGGUACACGAACGAGAAUCGAAGCGAGCAAUGCAGUAAUGCCGAUCUGCAAGCGGACUACCUUGGGCUCAACACAACAGUUGAGUGAGUAUGUAGUCGUUCCACUUUUCCUUUUGGUUUGGCGUUGGCGGCUCUCUGCACUUUUUCCAUUCCUUUCUCUGUGACUUUUUGCACCUUUUAAUACCUUCAUGUCUUUCUUUACGAGAUCACGGCUGUUCAUACGCUGGUUGAAACCUCCUUUCGAUACACAAGGUCACCGGACUUCGGUCUGCAUUCGCUGGCCUUUGUUAUGUUGCUUUCUGUCUUUCCUUCAGGCCACCCGAUUUCGGUUCGUGGGUAACCGAAUGAUUCUACAUAU